AUGGCUAAUAAUAAUAAUAAUAUUAAUAAUAGCCUCUUUGUUACGGCAGUUACUUCCUUUAUUCACAACGUUGUUGCUAUUGGAGCUUGCAGCAGUGAGGAAUGUAUUAAUUCAUUUAAUUCCUCUCUAUUCACACUACCAUGUUCACCGCACAGUUGUGUUCCUGUGGUUCCACUCCCUCUUGCCUCAAUAGAGGAAGCAAUAACGGCAGAAACCUUUCCUCUUGGAAUGAUCGGUCGACGUCUUUGCAGUUCCUUUAAACAAUUGGAAAUGUUUGUUGAAGAGUUUGUUGGAGUUUUAUUUCAUACCGCACAACAUACAUUCGGUUGCUCUUUAAGUACUCUCUUGCACUCUCUUUGGCUUCUGGAGCGUAUGCAGGUAAAAAAUAUUCUCUUGCAGCAGAAAAAUACAAUAUCAUUACGUAAUGCCUCUCAAAGUAUGAUAUGUAGUAAAACUAAUAACAACACAGAGGAGAAUAUUUUAUCGGUAGAGUUUUUACCUCCAAUAACAUUAGGAGGAGUGCCUUUAAAUGAGAGUUCUUGCGGAAAUAGUAAUAUCAGUAGCAACAGCAGUAGUAAUCCUAUCGCUAGUGAUGAUAAGAGCAAAGGUGUUCCUCUUCUUUUAUCUCCCACAUCAUCUGAUCUCUACUCGGUAGGUCCAAUUUCUGAGAGUGAGGAUGAUACACUCUGUCGUGCCUGUGCUGGCAGCCAUGUAUUUGGUGUACAACUGUGGAAUGUGCAGUUAUUCCUCACUGCUGCUCUGUUAUUAAGCAUGAAGGUAAAUGAGGAUGCAUUCGUGGAUGUAGAUGAGGAAGUACUGAGUCGUCAUGUUGGUGCUGCUGCGGGUUGUGAUUCUAAUUUACUUCGCUGCGCUGAACGGUGUAUGUUUGAAGUUCUCUGGGAUGAACUGAAGGUGACAGAAAAGGGACAGGCAAGUGUUAUGCGCCGACUUGGAAUGGGAUGUCCUUCUUUCUGA